CGCGCGUCGUCUUAGAAGCGACCAAUAGCGAACGUGAGAAAGAGCAGAGGGCUAGUGUCCGUUCUAAGCCGCGGACAUCACACAAGUAACAAACAGAACUUUUUUUUAUUUUCCUCUUGGACUUUAUCAACUCAAAUAUUGUCUUGACCGAAACUUACAAAUACAGAGCUUAACAAAAGUCAAGUUUUAAAAUCCACGAAUGCAAGACUAGAUCUAGUUCGCUUGACCAAAAGACUUUAAAAAAAAUAUACCCUCUGGUCAAUAUUAGAAAUUUGGUCAGAGCCUUCACUAGAAAUUUUAUUACGGUACACGACUAUAGGCGUUGAGUCCAUGGAGGUUCUCUGAGAAACAUAUGGAGUAAUCAGCUCAGGAAGGAUAAAGGACGAUUCUUUGUUGUAGAUGCACUGGCAGCGCCACGAGCCUACAUUUUGUUUGAUAACCUCGCUCUAUAAAAACAUAUACAAAUCUUAACUGAUGAGAACCUGGAGCCAUACGGCCAUUUUGGCCUGCUUGACCAUCAAAUGGCUGACCAUUGCUGUAGCGCAAACUGUUAUCUGUGAUGACCAAGACCUUUGUGGCGAUAACCAAGACUCUGGACUGCUGAAACUCGGACAAGACACUGGAGACGAUGACUUCAUGGAAAGAUCAAUUCGUGGAGACCCCUUCCUGAGAUUUGGCAAAGGAGACCCCUUCCUUCGAUUUGGACGAGGCGAUCCGUUCCUCAGAUUCGGGCGCGGGGAUCCAUUUCUUAGAUUCGGACGCGGGGAUCCAUUUCUUCGGUUCGGACGCGGGGAUCCAUUUCUUCGGUUCGGGCGCGGGGACCCGUUUCUUAGAUUUGGUCGCGGGGACCCAUUUCUUCGCUUCGGUCGCGGGGACCCAUUUCUUAGGUUCGGGCGUGGUGACCCAUUUCUUCGUUUUGGACGUGGAGACCCCUUCCUGAGAUUCGGACGUGGUGAUCCCUUUCUUAGGUUCGGGCGCGGAGAUCCUUUUUUGAGGUUUGGUCGCGACAGCUUGGAAACUAGAGUAGCGAGAGGAGAUCCUUUCUUGAGGUUUGGUCGCGACAGCUUGGAAACUAGAGUAGCGAGAGGAGAUCCUUUCUUGAGGUUUGGUCGCGACAGCUUGGAAACUAGAGUAGCGAGAGGAGAUCCUUUCUUGAGGUUUGGAAGAUUCAAGCCACCAACAGACACUGAAGACAACAGCAUAGAUCUCGAUGACGAGGACAUUUCAAGAAGAUCAGCAGAAGAUAAGUCCAGUCGUCGGAAAAGGGAAGCAAGUGCAGAGCUACUGGACUCCACUCUGGCCAAAAGAUCCCCGAUGACUUCAGCCUCUGAGGCGAAGGAGAAGCCAAAGGAAAAACGCCUCCAGCUGGACAUCGAGGAAUUAAGGAGCACCAGAAGCAAGCCUUAUAUGAGGUUUGGCAGAGACAAUUUGUCCCCUUACGAUUUAGAAGACGACAACAAAGAAACUCUCCUGGAUGAAGAGUUCUCCAGAUUUGCACGCGAACCGAGCAGAAUUUCCUACCCCAGGUACGGGAAGAGGUCGGACAAAGGUCCAGUCUAUAUGCGAUUCGGACGUCCAGCCGGAAGUGACUAUAUGGCAUCUGAAAACACAAGUCAAAAGAGAUAAUUGCAAGCUGAAAUAAUGUAUUAAAUCUUUUUUUAAAAUUA